CUCCGCCUGUGCGGGGCGGCACUCACUCCUCCUGGAGUCAGUCAGCGCCCUCUCAUUACGGGCGGCAGUUCCUCCCAUUGGGCGGCUUGCCACUCCUCCCUGCUCAAUGGGAAACCCGAUCCCUCCGCCCGGUGCCAGCCUGGGAAUCGCUGCACUGAGGUUAAGGAGCCCAGAAUGCUGGGAGGAGGUGGGAAGAGGUUCGUGAGUGACUAGCAACCCUUCCACACCGUGAUCCCAAGUUACUAACCCCCCUCAGGAACGCACUCCCCUCUAGCCAGAACGAAGAGGGGGGGUCGCAAACCCAUCAGUUAAGCACUAUGCUGAGGAAAGACAUGGUGACUGGGACAUGGACAGGGGAAGAGCCAUGAACUGGAUUCUUGGUGCGUUUUAGGAUGACGGCACAGGUGGAUUUCCUUUCCCUGGGGCAGACAGGUUAAGGUAGAAUAAUAAGAAGUUAUAACUUGAACUCCAGAGCAAGCUCAAAGCAUUUUGCAAUGCAUGAGUGAAGCCUCACAACUCACGAGGUGGAUUAGUAUUGUGGGGAAACUGAGGCACAGAGUGGUUCGGGCCAAUAUGUUCGAAAAGAGUCAUUGAUUUCUGGCUCCGUUUUUGGGACCCUGACUUGAGACACUGAAGGCCUGACGUUCACAGGCGCUGAGCCCCUGCGGCGAGCCGACACUGACUAGAGCAGCGACUCCCCUGCCUUUUCAUUGCUCCAAGUCGGUUCUUUAAUACACCUUGAACUCUGCUCCUAAAGAGACAAGAACAAAGCAAAAACCUCCCUGAGAACUGAGCUGAACUCAGGGGGAGCUGAGCUGGGUCUCUGUGGCAGACUUGCUAUUGCAUGGCUAUCUGUCACAUCAGCGUCGCUGAAUACAUCCGGAUUCUUGAUUCCUGGCAGAUCCCCUAUUGUCAGUCAUCCUAGUUACACUGGAAGAAACCCCACUGGAGCCUGGGGUCAGGACUGGCAGGUGACCUUGCUUCAGUGGGGGAUCUGGCCGGGAGGCAACGGGCCACAUUACCAAGAGUUUUCCCUGGGAUCUUCUUAGCUAGAGCUGGUGGGAAAUGAUUUCCCCAUCCCAUAAGAACUUUUGAGAUGCCAAAAAAAUUUCCAAUCCCAAAGUGGGACGAAAAAAUUCAUCUUGAAAAUUUUCUCAAACCAAAAUCUGGAACAACAAAAUGGAAUCAGGUCACUUGCACCUGAAAAAUGGAAGUUUUGAAGUGGAAAACACCCCCUCCCCCCAAAGUGUUGGAAAUGGGAAAUUCGUCGACAUCGGCCCUUUCCCAGGAACAUUUCGGUUUCGAUGAAGUGGUGGUUAGAGAUGGAAAACCUUAUCGUCGAAAAAUUCCUGCGCUCCGGGCACUAGUGGAACGAACCCUCCCUUGCUACUCCCGCUGACUCCAGCCCAGGUGGUUCCGGUUGACUUGUCAAGGACGUUUUGAAUAGCGACUGUAAAUCUUUCCUGUGUUGUUGCCUGGGUGGGGCGGGGAGGAGGGACAGCGACUGGUGCAGUGGUACCGAGCCAGUGCAAGUACAGAGGCUGGGAGGCAGAUUCCUGCAGAACUCCGGAGGCGGCAGCGGUCCUGAGACGCACACAGGAGAGGCUCUUUCCUCCUUGGAGCCAAUAACGAAGCAAAAUCUGGCCUGGUUACGGGCUGGUGGAGGUGCUGCUGUUCCCUCGCGGCCAAGGCUACGACUCCUCGCUUUCACUGAAGAUGCUCUGGAACUUUUCCCAGGGUGCUGCUGACCCGGUGCCCUGGCCUAAGUCCAGCCUGGCCAAUGAGGACCAGCAGUGACCUGCCACUCCUGGCCCGGAGGCAUCGCCGGCCCAUGGCGACGGCAGGGUCCUGGAAGGUGCGGAGGGAGCCCCAAGCUGCUCAGGAGGAGGCGGAGAGGAUUCUAGUGCUAGAAGAAAGCUGGAGGCCCUGGCCCAGAACACGCAGGACAAUCCGAGGCUGCCUGGAGUGUGUGAAGCGCCAGCUGUUCCGUGUCGGUGAUGACUGGUACUUCCUCUUUUUCCUGGGGGUGAUAAUGGCGCUGAUCAGUUUCGCCAUGGAUUUCACGGUCUCCAGGCUAUCGAACGCACACAAGUGGCUUUACCAAGAGCUCGGGGAUCACUUACUGCUGAAGUACCUGUCCUGGACUAUGUACCCGAUUGCCCUGUCCGCCUUCUCCACUGGCUUCUCUCAGAGCAUCACUCCGCACUCGGGAGGCUCUGGCAUCCCGGAGCUCAAGACCAUUCUCACUGGAGUCAUGCUGGAGGAGUACCUGGCCAUUAAAAACUUUGGAGCCAAAGUGGUGGGGCUGACCUGCACCCUCGCGUGUGGGAGCACCAUAUUCCUCGGCAAAGUCGGCCCCUUCGUGCACCUCUCCAGCAUGAUCGCAGCGUAUUUGGGAAAGAUCCGAACGUCUGUCGUUGGGGAGUAUGAGAACAAAAGCAAGCAGACGGAGAUGCUGGUGGCAGCCGCUGCUGUUGGAGUCGCGACCGUCUUCGGGGCUCCCAUUAGCGGUAAGAGUGGAACUGGCCCGGCCCGGGGGGUGGCAGGGGUGGGGACCGUGUCACAUGCUGGGGGAGUGUGUGGUGUCUCCCCCCGCCAGCUGGGUCACAGAGCAGAGGUUCCCCAACUUUUCUUAUUGUGUUGUACCCCCCGCCAGAGCUACCACCGGCUGCCCCCCUACUGCCUGCCGGAGCUACCACCGGCUGCCCCCUUUGAUCUCCCAGAGGCCUUCUUCUUCAUGGUGCUCGGGGGGAUCUGUGGGAUUCUAAGCUGUGCGUAUCUCUUCUGUCAGCGCUGGCUCCUGGGAUACGUCCGGAGGAACACGGUCACCGCCAAGCUGUUGGCGACAGACAAGCCCAUUUAUUCCUCCCUGGUGGCCCUCCUGCUCGCCUCCAUCACAUUCCCUCCCAGCCUGGGGCACUUCAUGGCAUCCAGGCUCAGCAUGAAGGAACUUCUCACCUCCCUCUUCGACAACCAGACGUGGGCCUUCUUGUCCCAGAACGCAUCGCUAGCCAGGCCUCCUCAAGUCGACCCUGAAAACCUGUGGCUUGAGUGGUGGGAGCCCAGCAUCACCAUCUAUGGCAGCCUGGCGCUCUUUCUGGUGAUGAAGUUCUGGAUGCUGAUCUUAGCCACUACCAUGCCGCUGCCAGCUGGGUACUUCAUGCCGCUCUUUGUAUACGGCGCUGCAAUCGGGCGUUUGGUGGGGGAAGUGGUGGCCUUUCUCUUCCCCCAGGGUAUCCAGUCGGACGGCAUCGUUAACACCAUCACUCCGGGAGGCUACGCACUGGCCGGGGCGGCAGCGUUUUCGGGCUCGGUCACCCACACCCUGUCCACUGCCCUGCUGGCCUUUGAAGUGACCGGGCAGAUCGCCCAUAUCCUGCCCGUCAUCCUGGCUGUGCUGGUGGCCAACGCUAUAGCCCAGAAGUUCCAGCCCUCCUUCUACGACGGCACCAUCAUUGUGAAGAAGCUGCCCUAUCUGCCCCGGAUCAGGAGCCGACACAUCGGCUCCUUCAGCGUGACCACUCGCCAGUUCAUGAACACCCACUUUGCAGUCCUGGCCAAGGGCGCCAGCUUUGAGGAGGUCCUCAGAGUCGUGACCUCUACCGACGACCUGGAGUACCCCAUUGUGGAGAGCACAGAGUCCUUGAUGCUGGUGGGCAUGGUGCAAAGAACCGAGCUGGUCAGGUACCUCCAGACCCACGAUGAAGCCAAGCCGUCCCCCCAGGAGCCAGGGGAGAAGCCUCGCUCCAACGGGACGCUGGGGGACGACUGCACCAUCGAGCCACUCACCCUCCAGCUGUCACCUUGGACGUCCCUGCACCAGGCUCACAACCUGUUUGAACUGCUGAACCUGCAACGUGUCUUCGUCACGUCCUUGGGGCGGGUCGUCGGGGCCGUCUCUCGGAGCGAGAUGAAGAAGGCGAUUGAAGACCUGGCAAAUCCGAAGACGUUGAAGUGAGCGAUUCGGAGCCUGGGAGAGCAGCCCCUUCCCCCUCCUAUGCGGCGGAGCGUGGGACGGGGGAUCGCGCUGGGGCACUGAGAUUUCAGCAGCAGGGGGGCAGUGCUGGCAGGGGUCUCCCCAAUUAUUUUUUUGUAAAUGGAAAUGGAUUUGAAAGCUCCUCCGCCCUUCCUGCUCCCGCCGCAAGGAGCCACGGUUGUGACAGCAGAGGCAACACCUGGACCUCUCUGGCCUGGGGAGCCUGCCAGCUGCUGGCAGCCCUCACCCACCCUGGAGACACAACAACACACAGCUACCCAGGGACAAACAACUUGGCCCACAGACUGUCAGCGCCGAGGGCAAGCCAAGGCUGCAAUGUGAAAUGUGCACGUGCCAUCCUGAAUUUAGUGCCUGCCGCCCUCUUGGGGCCAGGCCCAGCGGGACAAGAGUCUGCUUCUUAGCAAGCCCUAGAAGAGACGCUCCUUGAGCUCAAGGGGUAGGGGCUUGUGCUUCGGGCAGUGAAAGGCCCCGGCUCCUGCCGUGUACGUCUGGGUUCAUCACAGACCUGCCUGCACUGAAUUCUCCUGUAAUGUGACGUGCUGCCUUUGCUAUGCAAUCGCUCCCUCACUGCAAGGGGGCAGGCACGAGCCCCGAGGAGCCAGACCACCCCUUGCCGGUCCCCAGUGGAAGGUCCUAGACCAUCCCCAGGGCAGCCAGGCUGUUGUGGCCUACACAGCAGGGGAUGGGGGGCUCCUUUGAAAUCCAUUGUUCCCACUCACCGCGCGCAGUAAAUCAGAGAUGAGGGCUGGCA